GUGUGGGUGUGUCUCUGAUUGUGGCCAGGCGGGGCACCCUUGGUGGAGAGGAAAUGAUCCUGGGGCAGAGUCCAGGGCAGCUGAAGGCUCCUCCACACACGCCUGCUGAACCCUGAGCGCCCUGAGCUGCCGGCAUGGGGCGGGCCGAGGCCGCCGCCAUGAUCCCAGGCCUGGCCCUUCUCUGGGCAGCAGGGCUGGGGGACGCUGCCCCUAACCUUCCACGCCUUCGGCUCUCCUUUCAAGAGUUACAGGCCCAGCAUGGUGUCCGAACCUUCAGACUGGAGCGCACCUGCUGUUAUGAAGCCUUACUGGUGGAUGAGGAGCGCGGGCGCCUGUUUGUGGGUGCUGAGAACCACGUGGCUUCCCUCAGCCUCGAUAACAUCAGCAAGCGAGCCAAGAAGCUGGCCUGGCCGGCCCCUGUGGAAUGGCGCGAAGAGUGCAACUGGGCAGGGAAGGACAUUGGUACGGAGUGCAUGAACUUUGUAAAGCUGCUGCACACCUAUAACCACACACACCUGCUGGCCUGUGGCACCGGGGCCUUCCACCCAACCUGUGCCUUUGUGGAAGUGGGCCACCGGCUGGAGGAACCCAUGCUCAGACUGGACCUGAAAAAACUCGAGGAUGGCAAGGGAAAGAGCCCUUAUGACCCGAGGCACCGCGCUGCCUCCGUGCUGGUGGGGGAAGAACUGUACUCCGGGGUGGCAGCGGACCUCAUGGGCCGGGACUUUACCAUCUUUCGCAGCCUGGGCCAGAAUCCGAGUCUCCGAACAGAACCCCAUGAUUCCCGCUGGCUCAACGAACCCAAGUUUGUCAAGGUCUUUUGGAUCCCAGAGAGCGAGAACCCUGACGAUGAUAAAAUCUAUUUCUUCUUCCGUGAGUCUGCGGUGGAAGCAGCACCCGCAAUGGGACGAAUGACUGUGUCCCGCGUUGGCCAGAUCUGCAGGAAUGACCUGGGUGGCCAGCGCAGCUUGGUCAACAAAUGGACCACAUUUCUGAAGGCGAGGCUUGUGUGCUCAGUACCUGGAGUUGAGGGUGACACCCAUUUUGACCAACUUCAGGACGUGUUUCUUUUGACCUCCCGGGACCGCCAGACACCACUUCUCUAUGCCGUCUUCUCCACUUCCAGUGGCGUCUUCCAGGGCUCCGCUGUGUGCGUGUAUAGCAUGAAUGACGUGCGCCGAGCCUUCUUGGGACCCUUUGCUCACAAGGAGGGGCCUACACACCAGUGGGUGUCCUACCAGGGUCGUGUCCCCUACCCACGACCUGGCAUGUGCCCCAGCAAGACCUUUGGCACCUUCAGUUCCACCAAGGACUUCCCAGAUGAUGUUAUCCAGUUUGCUCGGAACCACCCUCUCAUGUACAACCCAGUCCUGCCCGUGGGGGGGCGCCCUCUCUUCCUCCAAGUGGGAGCUGGGUACACCUUCACCCAGAUCGCUGCAGACCGCGUAGCAGCUGCCGAUGGACACUACGAUGUUCUCUUCAUUGGUACAGAUGUGGGCACAGUGCUGAAAGUGAUCUCAGUCCCCAAGGGCAGCCGACCUAACUCCGAGGGACUUCUCCUGGAAGAGCUGCAGGUGUUCGAGGGCUCUGCCACCAUCACCAGCAUGCAAAUCUCCUCUAAAAGGCACCAGCUCUACGUAACAUCACCGAGUGCGGUGGCCCAGAUUGCAUUGCAUCGCUGCACUACCCUAGGCCGCGCCUGCGCAGAAUGCUGCCUGGCCCGUGACCCUUACUGUGCUUGGGAUGGAUCAGCCUGCACACGCUUCCAGCCUACUGCCAAGAGGCGGUUCCGGAGGCAAGACAUAAGGAAUGGUGACCCUAGCACCCUGUGCUCUGGGGACUCCUCCCACCCAGCGCUGUUGGAGCGGAAGGUCUUAGGCGUGGAGAACGGCAGUGCGUUUCUGGAGUGUGAGCCCCGCUCGCUACAGGCGCAAGUGGAGUGGACCUUCCAUCGUGCAGGGGAGGUGGCUCACACCCAGGUGCUGGCCGAGGAGCGACUUGAGCGGACAGCCCGAGGGCUGCUGCUGCGGAGGCUGCGGCGCCAGGACUCCGGCGUGUAUCUGUGCGUCGCAGUCGAACAAGGUUUUUCACGGCCACUGUGUCGCCUGGUGCUACACGUGCUAAGUGCGGUGCAGGCCGAAAGACUGGCACGGGCUGAGGAGGCAGCAGCCCCUGCACCCCCAGGCCCUAAACUCUGGUACCGAGACUUCCUGCAGCUGGUGGAGCCAGGCGGCGGUGGAGGGGCGAACUCCUUGCGAAUGUGCCGCCCGCAGCCUGGGCCCCGCCCGCAGCCUGGACCCCACUCUGUGGCAGCAGAGUCACGUCGGAAGGGUCGCAACAGGCGGAUGCAUGCCUCUGAGCUGCGUGCUGAGCGUGGGCCACGUAGUGCAGCACACUGGUGACUGGGCUGUCCCCACACCGGGGACCAGGCUGGAUUUGACACUCAGAAGAGGGGGCAAACGCCAGAAAGACAUAAGCGUUGUGGCUGGGGCACACUGAGGUCCUUGGGCCAAUAGAGAGACACCUAACCCAUAAUACAUAGGCCCUGGCCAAAGGGUAGCCGAGCCAGCUAAGUUGUUAACAAGAUAACCUGCGAAUGUAGCCUCAGAAGAGUAGUCCAGGCUUAAUUCAGGUUCUAGCCUGCAGAGAGGGGACAGAGAAGUGGGGUUCCAUAGUAGACCAGGGCCAGAGAACUGUCUUGAGUACCUGCCCUGGGGGAAGCAUUCUUUCUUGGGCAGUGAGCAGAAAGCUAUGAACAGAUUAGGCUGUUGGGAUCCAGGUGAGGCAGGCCAACUGUACUAAGUAAUGCAAUAAACACUUUAUCAGCUGAUGUUGGAUUGGCCCCAGCAGAUAACAGGUAGUCCUUGACCUUGCUGGGAGCCACGGGUGUCGUCCUAGCAGUCCAAAGGCCUAAAUUUUUCUCAUCUUAAAUUGCCAUUCUGCAGGGUGGUGGUGGCACUUACCUUUAAUCCCAGCACUCUGGAGGCAGAGGCAGGCAGUUCUCUGUGAGUUCGAGGCCAGUCUGGUCUACAGAGCUAGUUCCAGGUCAGCCAGGGCUACACAGAGAAACCCUGUCUUGAAGGGGAAAAAAAUUUGCUGUAGUAAAGAUCCAAAGUGGUAUUAGAUGAUCCCGCUGGCUCCAGAGAGCCUCCGGGGGUGCUGACAUGCACAGUGCAUUCUCCAACGAUUAAUGGCAGGCUAAGCUCUCUGAUGGAAAAACAAACAGUACUGGAUGUUGUGGGCAAGAAUGUGUGCAGAACUCACUGAAGGGCUGACACUUGAGCUGAAAGAUAAGAAGGAACCAGUCACAGGAUGUCUGGUGGCAGAACAUUCCAGGAUGGAAGAACCAGUCCAAAGCCUUGGCGUGGGGAACAAACCUGCCAAAUCUGAGGAACGUCAAGGAAGGCUAAUACGAUAGUGUGACGUGAGAUGGAUUCAGGAUGUUUUGGAAGGUAGACCCCCCCUCCUAGCCUUGCUUUGCACAGUCGAGAAGAAGCAGAACACAGUUCAUUUGCACACAGACUAAGGCCUGAAAACUGGACCAGCUUCCUUCCCUCCAUAGUGAGCAGUGUACAUCCUCACUCGCCCCCAUGUGGCCUGUUAAGCCCUUGUGGAGAGGAGGGAGAGGGAGGAUCAAGACUACUUUGUGCUAAAUCCUUUAGUC